GAGAAGGUAGGAGGGGCGUGAGUAAUUAAUCGGUACGGAGGAGGUUGGUGUGAGAGAUCGUGUCGGAGUCGGAUUGACGGAUGGCGUGGAAGGACGACACCGGUAGAUCAAAGGAAAGGCCACCGGACACAGAGCUGUCACGGUCGUGAGACCACCGCUCAGUUUGGACAUAGGAAACUGGGGCACAACUGGCCCGAAUCUAUUCUCGUGCCGGUAUACUUACGUGACAUUAUUAAAGCUACGCUACAUAUUGCUUACAAUGCUCGCUGGAUAACAUUGGCUGUACACUUGAACAGUAACGUUUAUUUAUCAGAAACUAUUAUGACAUUUUCCUUUCCUAAUGCUCUAGAAAGCUCCUAAAUAAUAUUUCUUCGAAGUGCUGGCCUGAAAUAAAAGUUAUUACUAGUGAAAUAAAUAGAGGUAAAUAAAGUACAUAAGCACAUAAGUUUGCGCAUUGCAAUGAAUACUUUACUAUUGUCUUUGAAAACAGAAAAUCCCUCAGGUGACGCAAUAUAAUAAAAAAUAAGGCAAGGCAGGAAUUUUCUGUCCCGCUCAGUGCGCGCCUGCGUCUAAAAUCGUAUUUCCGUAGAAUCCUUACAAGCGACGUUAAGCACUUACUGUCGGCUUUGCAGUUCGACGACCCGAAAUCCAGAAAUCAUCCUGAAACAACUCGCAAAAGUAUUCAAAACAAUUCUAUAUUUAUUCUAGAGAAUGUUUUCUUAGGAACAUCAAAUUACUGAGAACCAACAAACAGAUCAUUGAAAUUCGUAAAAUGAAAAAAGUUCUGCGUCACAGUUGUUUAUUCUACAUUAUUCACUUAUUGGAAAUUCGACCGUCAGAACCAUUGUAUGGUCUAACAAUCGAUUACAACUAAAACCUAUCUGGGUCACAUACGGCUAACAAAAGAGUAGCAUUUAGGCCGUACGACAAUGGACAUGGAAGGAAAGAGGAACAAAUUAUGUAUCAAGAUAAGGUUUAUGGUGGUCAGUGUGGACAGUGGUUCGACCUCGGCCGUCAAAUGGCUGGCAUCGAUCGGACUGCGGCGGGCACCAGGCUCGAUGGUGUCGGCAUCACGCUAACUCUAGACUCACGGUUUUGGGCUGGCGGCUGCGGCGGCUGCCGGCGUGCGCGCCGGGUACCCGACAGUAUUACAGUCGCCUUACGGAUGAGGCGAGCGGCGUCUCCGGACGACAGCGGCGGCGCCUGGCGGACCACACCUAGACUAAAUUAUCAAACAUUUUCACAUAGGUUGUCGCCUGGCUAUAUGUACAGUACGCCGGGGUACGUUGGGACAGUAGGCGGCGUGGGCGCAGGGGUGGGCACGGGGGCCGGGGGUCUGGUGCAACUGCCGCAGCUGCAGCACGCGGCGGCGGUGGCGGCCGCUAACCAUCUGUAUGAGUACCAAGCGGCAGCCGCGCAGGGCGCUGCCGCCUACCAGCAACAGUACGCCGCUGCGGGAUUUGACCCUUAUGCUACAGCGGCAGCAGCCGCGGCGGCGGCAGCGAGUGGUGCAGGAUACGUGUCCCCGUACUACGCUCUACCAGGAGGAGGAGUGCAAGCCCCCCUCCUCCCGCCCCUACCUUACCCACCCCCUCUGCAAGAGGCCAGGAUGCAAUAGGUUCCAAACUCCAACCACACGCAGGAAUAUAUUGCCACAAGAAAAUUCUAAGAUCUGUCUCCAAGAUCAUGGUAAUGCAAUUUCAAUUUAGAAAUAAAGGAAAUACGACAGCUAGAGUAAAUAAUCCAAAGUCAUCUCGACUGAUGAUGUACAGGAAAGCCAAAUGUUUAGACUAAAGCUUAGAUGAUGUCUAGAACUAGUGAAACUAUAACGACCAAAAAUGUUAAUGAGUGACCAAAGCUGUGAGCUUUUAACCUAGAAUUAUGGGGCCUUUAAGAGACUUUGAGGAAAACAAUUCAAUUUUUAAAAUAUUUCGUUAAUUAGCACACAGAAUAAGUAACGUGUCUAUUGUAAUAAAAAGCACUAAAAGUUUACUUAUGAGUAGCUGCUAUGCUACGAAUUUUUUGCCUCAUCCAUUCGACUUCCCAAUCACACAUAUUCUCCUAUUUUUAUACUACUUAAUAGGCUAGUUAUACUUUUGAUGUAGAUACAGAUUCCCUUCAUAUUCAAAUAUUGUAAUAUUAUAAUUACGAUCACUAAGGAAUUUAUAGCUGUUGUAUGACAAUAAGUAAGAUUUUUUGAAGAAUGUUUCCUCAUCAGAUUGGAUGCUACGGUAUCUAAUAAGAGUGAUUUCCAAUGUGUUUGAAAUGAGUUUAUUCAGUGGGUACGCUGAUGACACUGCAAUUUCCGUCAUCCGUAUUAUUGGUGCAAUGCCGUCACUUCCAUUAUCAUUCUCAACAACAUACUACAAUUUUAUGCUUCAGAAAUCUUCAAGGCAAAGAAUAAACUGCGUACAGCUAUUUUUAUGAUGCCUGCUUAUCAGGGUCAGUCGACCUUUUUAUUAGUGUCAAAAACGUCAAACAUAAUGCCGUGGCUCAUUUGAAAGGGGUACUAUUUUUUUUAUAAAAAAUCUAUCAAACUAAAUAUCUAAAUAAGACCCAGUGGAUUUUUUUACAGGCAGCUAAUAUAAGUACUCAAGUACAUAUCAACUUCCAUAAGCCAAUUUGUAAAUUCUGCUGUAUUAAUCUUCCUAAUAUUUUUAUUUAAGUUAAAGUUGGCUCUUGAUUUAGCUAUCGAGUAAUAAGCACGUACCUUGGUACAUACUUAUCUAAUUUUAUUAGGAAAUAAACUGGAUUUUAGAAGGGUGAAACGAAAAUCUAUGCUUGCCAGUGAUGACUGCAUAUAAAUUGAAACAGCUAUACUUACUUCUUACGAAGCAUUGCGCUGUGUAAAUCUAGGUUUUCUAGUGAUGAUACAAGUCCAUGUUGCUCAAUGGUCCCAGGAAGGGCUUCUAGCUUAAGAUAGGAGAGCAAUGAAGGGCUAAGUAAAUUCUUUUUAAUUUUAAGCAAUGUACUUAUUCUACGAAAGUAACUGUAUGUAUAGGCCCUUUGUAAUAAUACUAUAUGUUCUCCAAAGCGGUAUAGGGUACUUACUAGUUAGAAUAAUUCAAUUACUAGUCCAUGUAAUUUUAAUGUAAUUAAUGGAAGAUGUUCGCCGGUCAUCUAUGAUAAUUUAAAAUAUCUUCUUUCAUUUACAUCAAUUUAUUAUGAUCUCUGAAACAGUGAUAUAUCUAUGUGUUAUGUACUCAAGCAGGUACUAUCAUAGAUUAGUAAGAUAUAUUAUGAAUAUUCUCCACAUUCACAUUUGAAACCUAUUUAAAUUAAAAAGAAAUGUUCUUGCCUACCACUUAUCUAAAUGGAUCGACCGGGAACUCAGUACAAGUUAGGAGCACUAGAAUAUCACAGAAAGUUAGAUAAUAAGCCUAAUUAUAAUUAUUGUAAUAUGCUGUUAUUCGUAAUUUAUUUUGUUGAUAUUUGUAAAUCUACAUGUUGAUAACUAUUUAUUAUGUGGAAGAGUAAUAAAAUAAAAAUUGUUAAUAAAUAUUUAGAGGCCGAAUCGAAUCUGUACGUCGCUUCUGGUAACACCUCGAGUUCAAAAUGCGAUUCGGUGGAAUAUAUUGAAUUAUACACAGUAAUAAUAUACAUAAAUAUAAGUAGAUUAAAUUAGAUGCAUACCAAAUGUAAUUUUCAAUCGUGUAGCCAUAAAAGUGGCCAUCUUGCCUUAAAAUAAAUAAUAUUGUACUUAUAGCCUAUAUAAUAUUAUAUGACAUUAUAAUACACAUAUCAUCAGAGCAGAUGUAGGUACAUAUUAUACCUUCUUAUUACUUAUUAGGCAUCAGUGCGGGAAAGCGCUCUGAUCAGUCCAUAUUAGUGCAUUUCAUUCGCAGUAAUUUUAAGCACAAUUAUUAUAUUUAUAUGUAUUACAUAUAUUAUGUGAAUGUGAAUUCAUAAUAAAUACCUAAUAAUUGUUACAAUUAAUUUAAAAUUAUACUACAAUUGUACUUAAUUUAGGAUAUUUUAAAAUGGAAAAUAAAUUUAUAAGGUAAAACACCA